AUGGUGCAAUUUUAUGUUGAUUGGCUGCUUCUUUCUAUACUCUAUGUGAUUCCUACUACAAACUGUGACCUUUCUACAUAUACAGGGGGUCCUAAUCAUGAGCGUAGCUCUAGUCCAAUCCCAUUGAAGGAAGAUGAUCGCCGAAGGAAGGAUGACAGGAGGGACUUAGAUAGAGAUUCUGGUAGGAGUCGUUAUGGGCGGAGUGGUGAUUCGGAUAGACAUUUUGAUCGACAGUCCUAUAGGAGUUCUCAUAGUUACAAUAGACAUGAUGACUAUAACAGACAUGACAAGCAUGCGGAUGAUAACGAGAGAGAGCAUUCAAAGUUCUCCCAGCGUUAUGGUCGAAAUUCGAGGGGUGGCAUUCAUUCUGAUUAUUCAAAGUGUGAAAGUGAGCACAACAAAUCAAGAGACGAUUUGCGUGAUGUUGACAAGUUUUCCGUUGACUGGUUUGAUGGUUCAGGGCAUAGAAACAGGGAUAAGGAGAGAAAACCCUCAUCUCUUGAGUAUCAAAGGUACAACGACAAGGAAGCACUAUUUGACAGAGCUCGGUCUGGUAGGAGGUAUUCAAACACUGAAGAUGUCAAAUCCGAGGAACGGGGUCAUCAUAAGGGGGAUAGAGAUAGCCAAUAUGAGAAGAGAGACCACCGAAGGAGUUUGGGGGAUCACAAAAGGGAACGGUCACCUACCUACGGAGAUUCUAAGGGGUAUCAAAAUGAUUCAAAUUCAAGAAGGGACAGUUCUAGACAUCAUCUGAAAGGGGCUUCUGGGAGUGACACCAAAGAACUGGAUGGACAGAUGUACGCCAAAGAGGAAAAGAAGAAAUAUAAUGAUUGGGAGACUAACAGGCACCAUGAGCGAUACAAAAGAGAACCAGGGGAGCAAUUUGAAGAUAGAACUGCUCUUACCAGUAAAGAUGAAGAAUUCCCUGCCAAGAAGCCAAAGUUGUUUGGUUUGGUUGGAGGCACUAAUGAUGGGAAAGAUGGUAAUCUCUUGUUAUAUUGUGUAGCUAUUUUUAAACAUAUUUUUUCUCGAGUAUAUUUUCCUUGUUAUGUCAGUAGUUUCUUGAUCAUGUCUAUAAUCAUGCAUUACUGA